AUGGCCCAAUUACCACAAGACUAUGCGGACAACGUUGAAACCAAUAAUAUCCAAAACACAGAUGACCUUGUUACUGAGGAAUAUGACGCCAACACUUGGACCGCAAGUGAACCUAUGUCACUUUUACCUACAGAAAUUUAUUGUGGGAACUCUCUUGACCCUGCCACCAGGAGUAAAAUUUUUCAAACAGAACCACGCAAUAGAGACAUAUCAUCUACUCCCCUCAAAAUGGAAAUACGGGUGUUAUCUGUCAUGUCUCAUGCAGACAAAGAAACCGACAGAAACUAUAGUAAACUCUUAUAUAGAACCUCUUCCGUACUUAGACCGAUCGACACGCUCGUAUGGUUUAUGCUUCAAAACCGUCUGAUGUCUCACGAAAAUUGGUAG